UCUGGAUCUUACUUCUGCCGACAAUAUGUGAAUGACAAACAACAAGGAACUGGUGCGAGUGUUUCUCUGCAUGUUCUUCAUGUGUCUCGAUCAUCAUCAUCAUCUUCAUCAUCCUCACAGACUGAGAUCAGUCCAGGUCGCUCUGUGACUCUCUCCUGUCAGUUGUAUUCAUAUUUUGGAUUCUCCUGUGAUGUUUGGGUUCGUUCUGAGGGUCUUCAGCUGUUGUGGGUGAAUCAGACUGGUGUUGAUCUGAAGACAGACUCCAGAUAUCAGAUAUUAUUCUCAUCAGAUCACUGUAACAUCAAUCUGACUACAACACUCCUGAAUGAAGAUGACAACAGAGAGUGGAGAUGUCAGCUUACUCUCAGAAAUCAACUCAAGGCCUCAGUCAGAUACACGCUCAAGUAUUCAGAUGAAGCAUCUGAACAUUCAUCUUCUGCAAUGGAUUCAACAACACUGAUUCCAGUCAGCAGCUCAAACUCUGAGAAGAAAUCAAGCCAAACUACAGCAGCAGCUCCUACACAAGUCUCUCUCUCAGUGAUUGUGAUUGUUGUCGCUUCAUUCGCUGUUCUCCUUCCUGCUCUUAUUCUCUGGAUGAUUCGCAGAAAAAGAGACGAUAACAGAAGAGGAACUGGUGACUCUGAGGAGCAGACAGAUGAUCAUGUGACUUAUUCUGAGGUCACUGCGUACAGUAAAAACCAAGACCAAAAGAAGAAGGUUCGCUGUGAUGAUAAAGUGACUUCUGCUUCCAUCAGAGGAGCAAAAGCUGGAUCUCAGGAAAACUGCAGUGAACUUUAUGCCUCUGUGAACAAGAACCAUCACAAAUCAGUCAAAUAAUGACACAAAAACCACAUGAGCAGAAGAAUAUGAAUCUAAUAGAACUGAGUCCUAAUGGUGUCAUUCAGUGCCAUUAUAAAUACUUUCAAUGUCUUUUACAUGUUCACAAACAAACCCAAGUGAUUCUCUGAUUUAUUUGUAGUUAUUGCUUAUUUUUCUCAGUUCAGCAUGUUUUGUGUAUAGUUUCUGUCUGCUUGUUGAUCAGUUAAUGCUAGUGUCUUUAUUAUUCAUUCAGAGCUGCAGGUUUGGACAAAGUCUAGAAAAUGACACUUUUACUCUCUUACAUCAUUCUCAUCAAAUCAUGUUUUCUCCAGCAGUUAAUUAACUGUCAGCUUGCACUAAUUAUGAGAACAGACAAAGCUAUUUGAUGUAUUUUUGAUGUAUUUGAUGUAUUUUUGAUGGAAGCGUUCAU